GACGUAGAGGCAGUGUGCUUAUUAUGGACUUAUUAUUAACUCCAGACGCCGACUCCAAUCUAGUUGAUCAGACAGCACAUACAACCUCGAAAUACCCACCAGGGUUUUGCAAAUUAUUUUUAUUUAUUUCUGCGUUUGCACUAGCAGACUGUUCCGGCUUCGUGCGACGGCCAGCCUGCGGUGGCCCAUAUUUUCAGUUCUGAACACAGGAUCUUUGAAGACCAAUGGGCCUGGUUUGGUGGCUGGGAGUUGGACUUCUCCUCGUCUUCGCCCAGGCUUGGGCAUCAACUCCUGAAAAGCCAAAAUGUCUGCCUGGUUUCAAGAAGGAUUCCAACCUUUUCCAAGUAGACAGAAGACAUCUUCAUAGCGGACGUGUCCUUGGCAAAGUUAGUUUUGAUGACUGCAUGGCCCGUAAAAGAUUCAAAUUCGGCAGCAGCGACCGCCAUUUCCAUGUGGAACAGGACGGAACAUUAAUGGUUAUUCAAAACCUGCCAGUUUUGCGCUUUCUUAACUUUUCUAAGAGGCGGAAGAGAGCCUGGGUUAUCCCUCCUCUUUACAUUCUGGAGAAUGAUAGGGGGCCCUACCCCAAACUAGUGGCUCGGAUUCGUUCUGAUCGAGAUAUAGAGUCAAGAAUCGAGUACGAGAUAACGGGUGAAGAUGCAAACGGCCUCUUCGUUAUCGACAGAAACACCGGCGGGCUUUUUGUGACCCAGCCCCUAGACUGGGAGAGAAAAUCCCAGUACAUGUUCGACGUUCAUGCCAACCGAGCGGACAAGUGGAACCCUCAGGCUGAGCAAACCAUGGCCGUCAUUUUACGUGUCCUCGACGCCAAUGACAACAAACCAGUCUUCACCCAAGAUCCCUAUGUCGCAGAAGUUGCAGAGGCUGCAGCGAUAGACUUUGUAGUGAUUACAAUCAGAGCCACAGAUCUGGACGACCCAAAUACUGUUAAUGCUGAAGUCCGGUAUAACAUUUGGAGCCAGGAACCAAAACUUCCCUAUGAUGAUUUGUUUGCCAUAAACCCUGUUAGUGGAGCCAUCAGAGUCAACCGCCCUGGGCUCGACAGAGAGACAUACGCGAGGUACACUCUGGAAGUAGAAGCUGCAGACAUGAGAGGCGAAGGCCUGACUGCUAGAGGGCGUGUUAUCCUCACAGUUACUGAUAGUAACGACAAUGCCCCGGCCUUUGAGAUGGCUCAGUAUGAGGCCAGUGUCCCAGAAAACAAAGUGGGAGCGCUGGUUGUGAAGAUGUCUGUAACGGAUCGGGACGAGCUUCUGUCUCCAGCCUGGAACGCAAAGUUUCAAAUUGUUGCUGGAGAUAAGAAUGGCCAAUUUGCCGUGGAAACCGGAUCUGGCAAGCAAGAAGGAAUCAUUACAACUGUGAAGGGUCUGGACUAUGAGAUGACCAAGACCUUCACCCUGCUUGUGACCGUUGAAAACGAGAUUCCCUUUGCCAUCCGCCUUCCGACAGCCACUGCCACGGUGGUGGUUUCUGUAGAAGAUCUGAAUGAGGCUCCUGUGUUUAGGCCAACCAUUCUGGUUGUGAUGAGGAAGGAAGAUCUCGCAGUUGCCAGUGAAACUCCAGUUUCACUGGCAGUGCAGUACACCGCAACCGACCCUGACACUGAACGCAGUCAGAAUGUCUCGUAUAAGAUCAUGAAAGACCCAGCGCGGUGGCUCAGUAUGAACCCGGACACGGGUUUGAUUAGAGUGAAGAACGGCAUGGACAGAGAGAGCCAAUACGUUCAAGACGGCAAAUACACUGCCCUGAUAAUGGCAUAUGACGAUGAUGUUUCCUCAGCCACUGGUACAGGAACCCUGAUAAUAGAACUAGAAGAUGUUAACGACAACAUCCCUUCAAUCAAUGAGCGCAUCAUUACGGUUUGCAAUAAGGAUUCUGCCCCUCAGCUGCUCUCUGUGACAGACGCCGAUGGGCCAGACUUUGCUGCACCCUACACUGUAUCACUAGUGGGCAUGUCCAACAACUGGACUGCUACGAUGGAUGGCACAAGGACAGGGAUAAUCCUGACAUUAAUCAGGGACCUUCCCAAGGGAGACUACAAUGUAGUCCUGAGAGUGGCAGACAACCAUGGUCUAGAGCAAGACAACGUUGUCAUGGCCACAGUUUGCGACUGUACAGGAAAUGAGGUGACCUGCAAAGGUGGGAUCCGUGAGGGAGGCAUUGGUCUGCCGGGCCUUCUAGUAAGAUCAGGAGCUGUUCUGCUGCUGCUAUUGCUGGCAUUGCUGCUGCUAAUAUUCAUUAGACGCAGAAGUGGAGAGCAGAAUGAGCCUUUACCACCAAAUGAGGACAUCAGGGACCACAUUUACUACAACGAGGAAGAAGGGGGAGGAGAGGACCACCAGGCACGGUCCCGAUAUUGGCUCAAUUGAUCAAGAAAUCUGUUUAAAAGUGAUGAUGUAAUUGUUGUUUAGGAGGGCUGUUUUUACUUCUGUUGCAUUUAUUAAGUUUACCUGCUGUGGUUUGACUUCUAUUUUGUUCUUUAAGGAUAAUUAUGAUCUGAGUGUGCUCCAUCAUGGUCCGGACGACCGCCCGGAGGUCUUCCGGAGUGAUGCCAUGCUUCAUGCCUAAAGCCGAGAAUCGACCCCGGCCUGCCAAUCCUGAAGACAUUGGCAAAUUUAUUGAUGAUAACCUGACGGCAGCAGACCGCGACCCGCUGGCGCCCCCCUCACACUGUUGAUCUAUCCUGGGUUUUCUUUUCAAUUCUUAUUUGCUGGCACUGAUUUAUAUUUGUAAAUUGAUGAAGAUUUUAUUUUUUUAUUUUAAGUUGGCUUUAACAUUUUAUAUUGAAGCUUGUACUUUUUUCAUUUUUCAAUGAUGUUCUGUAAGAACUGUUUUUUUAAAGCUUUUUUUAAAAUUGCUAAUUCCUUAUUUUAGGAUGUAUUUCAACCAGGUAGAUAGGAUGACGAAAGUAAAGGGGACAUUACGGGGAACGUUUUGAAUACAUUUACUUGCAAAGUUUGUUGGUGUAAUCAAGCCGAAAUAAAAAAAGAUUAUGCUAAUCUGA